AUGGUGUCCCCGACGACGAUGCCGCACGGGCUCCCACCGGGCACGCUCAGCUCCGGCAUGGACCUCCUCCUCAACUUCCUCUACUCCUACCUGCCGGAACCCCCCGUCCGCACCACCGCCUCCCUCUGCUGCGCCGCCGCCAGCGACAGCGCCGACCGGGUCAGCCGCCUCCCCGACGAUCUCCUCCGCCGCGUGGUCUCUCUCCUCCCCGCCAAGGACGGCGCGCGCACCACCGUGCUCUCCUCACGCUGGCGCGGCCUCUGGCGCUCCGCCCCGCUCGUCCUCGUCGACACCCACCUCCUCCCCGGGGGCGACGGGGAGCGUCGGCCCGCCCGCGCCGGCGCCGCGUCACGCGCCGUCACCAACGCCGUCUCCGCCGUCCUCGAGUCACACCCUGGGCCUUUCCCCUUCGCAAGCCUCACCUGCAGCUUCAUGGUCCACGCCGACGACCCCCUGCUCGCGCGCUGGUUCCAGCUCCUCGCCGCCAAGGGCGUCCACGAGCUCGUCUUCGUCAAUCGCCCCUUUCCUCUACAAGGCCUGCGCCUCCCUCCCGCGAUCUUCAGCUGCGCCUCGCUCCGCCGGCUCUGCAUCGGCGCCUGGGUGCUCCCGGACACCGCCGCGCUCCCACGAAACGCGGCCUUCCCCAACCUUCGCCACCUCUUCCUUAGCUGCGUCGUCAUGGAGGCCAACGACCUCGACUUCGUGCUCGCCGUCAGCCCUGCGCUGGAGAUCCUCACGGUCACCGGGAGCCUCACACCGUUGCGCGCUCGUCUCACCACCCACAGCCUACGGUCCGCGCAGUUCUGCAUGUCCAUCAUGAACGAGGUCGCCGUCGUGGACGCCCCGAGGCUAGAGCGUCUCUUCCUGUGGAAAAACUGGAACGAGCGCCACGGGUUGAGCGAUGUUAAGACGAUCGUCAAGAUUGACCAUGUUUCUAAGCUGCGUGUGCUGGGAUACCUGGAGCCAGGAGCGCACGUGCUGCAGAUCGGCAACACCAUCAUCGAGGCUGGAACAAAGGCGAGCACGCACAACACUGUGCCAAGCGUACAGAUGUUGGCUGUGCAACUGCAGUUCGCAUUCUGCAAUGAAGUCGAGAUGCUUCCUAUCUUCCUCAGGUGCUUUCCUAGCGUUGAGACGUUGGUUGUCGAGUCUCGGGCACAUCGUGAAACGCUUAGCAACCUUAAUCUGAAGAUCUGGCAGAGAGCAAAUCCUAUCGAGUGUGUCCAGUCGCACCUCAGGACUCUGGCCUUCCAUGAGCUACAAGGGAGGCACAAUGAGUUUGAUUUCCUCACGUUCAUCGCAGAGAAUGCGCGGAAGCUGGAGAGGAUGUUCAUCGUGAUGAAAAGUGAGCUAACCUAUGCCGAGAGGCAAGUAGUGGUUGCCGGAGUUGGUGCCCUUUAUUCUGCUCAUUGGGCUAGUAGGGACUGCACUGUGCAAUAUACAAUCAGUAGCUUGCCUGUUGGAAGUAGUACCUGGAACUUCCCAGCGGGAUCAGAGUUGUCUCUUGAUGAUCCUUUUGAGGCAUUCCGUGAAGACUAGGCGCUCCUAUGCUGGGUUGGAAGUGUUGUGUCGCAGUAUCCUGUCUUGACGUUGAUUUCAGGUGUUCGAAAUUUGGAAUGUGUUCGCUGAUGUCUGCUGAACAGGGUUCUACUUCUAGUAGCUGAUUUAUUUGCUCAAUUUAUGUAGGAGUACUAUAUUCCAUGGA